GCGUGGCCCGGCUUCCAGAACAGCGGCGGCCGUGCCGGGUGCGGGCUGCGGGUUGGCGGCCGGAGCCGGAGGACCAGCGCCGGGAGCCGGGCCGGAACCCACGACUUGGCGACUCAGCGGCGGCGCUGCAGCUGCGGGGCCCGGGCGCGCGACCCGGCCGGCCAACGACGGGACAUCCGGGCGCGGGCGCCGCGGGCCGGGCGGGCCAGGUGAUGGAUUUGGAUAUGCUCCUAUGAAGAAAUGCCACGUGUCACUACUGAAACAAGAACAAACAUGUCCAGUAAGUUGCUGGGACUGCUGCCACCUUAGGGGAUAGGGCUGGAUGACAGCUCUUCCCAGGGAGUCAGGCGUGGUCUGACCCAGGAGCAGGAAACACAUCAUCACCAAUGACAUCAUGACAGCAAGAGAGCACAGCCCUCGCCAUGGCGCCAGGGCCCGUGCACUGCAGCGGGCUUCCACCAUUGAUGUGGCAGCUGACAUGAUUGGCCUCUCUCUGGCAGGAAAUCUACAAGAUCCAGAUGAACCCAUUUUAGAGUUCAGCUUAGCUUGUAGUGAGCUGCAUACGCCAUCGCUAGAUCGGAAACCAAAUAGUUUUGUAGCAGUGAGUGUGACCACCCCGCCGCAGGCAUUCUGGACGAAGCACGCGCAGACGGAGAUCAUCGAGGGAACCAAUAACCCUAUAUUCUUAAGCAGCAUUGCCUUCUUCCAAGACUCUCUCAUCAAUCAGAUGACGCAGAUCAAACUCUCCGUGUACGACGUCAAAGACAGAUCUCAGGGAACAAUGUACCUACUGGGCUCUGGGACAUUCAUUGUCAAGGAUCUGCUCCAGGACAGGCAUCAUCGGUUGCAUUUAACACUAAGGUCUGCAGAGAGUGACCGUGUGGGUAACAUCACGGUGAUCGGCUGGCAGAUGGAGGAGAAGUCAGACCAGCGGCCUCCUGUGACCCGGGCUGUGGACACCAUCAACGGGAGGAUGGUCCUGCCCGUGGACGAGAGCCUGACCGAAGCGUUGGGAAUCCGAUCCAAAUACGCUUCGUUGCGUAAAGACACUUUGCUGAAAUCGGUGUUCGGUGGUGCCAUCUGCCGCAUGUACCGCUUCCCCACCACCGACGGCAACCACCUGCGGAUCCUGGAGCAGAUGGCGGAGAGCGUGCUCUCCCUGCACGUGCCCCGGCAGUUCGUGAAGCUGCUGCUGGAAGAAGAUGCUGCCAGAGUGUGUGAACUGGAGGAGCUGGGGGAGCUGUCCCCCUGCUGGGAGAGCCUCCGGCGCCAGAUUGUCACUCAGUACCAGACCAUCAUCCUCACGUACCAGGAGAACCUGACCGACCUGCAUCAGUACAAAGGUCCCUCGUUUAAAGCGAGCAGUUUGAAAGCAGAUAAAAAGUUGGAAUUUGUUCCCACAAACUUGCACAUACAAAGAAUGAGGGUUCAGGACGAUGGAGGAUCAGAUCAGAGCUAUGACAUCGUCACCAUUGGGGCGCCAGCCGCACACUGCCAAGGUUUUAAGUCAGGAGGCCUCCGCAAAAAGCUGCACAAAUUUGAAGAGACCAAGAAACACAGUUUUGAGGAGUGUUGUACGUCAUCCAGCUGCCAGUCCAUCAUCUACAUACCACAGGACGUCACCAGAGCCAAGGAGAUCAUCGCCCAGAUCAACACCCUGAAAACCCAAGUGAGUUACUACGCAGAGCGGCUCUCGAGGGCGGCCAAGGACAGGUCUGCCACUGGCCUCGAAAGGACACUCGCCAUCUUGGCAGACAAGACCCGGCAGCUGGUCACCGUCUGCGACUGCAAGCUGCUAGCCAACUCCAUCCAUGGGCUGAACGCGGCGCGGCCCGACUAUAUUGCUUCCAAGGCCUCCCCCACCUCGACCGAGGAGGAGCAGGUGAUGCUCAGGAAUGACCAGGACACCCUCAUGGCCAGGUGGACGGGCAGGAACAGCCGGUCUUCUCUGCAGGUGGAUUGGCACGAGGAGGAGUGGGAGAAAGUGUGGCUGAACGUUGACAAGAGCCUGGAGUGCAUCAUCCAGAGGGUGGACAAGCUGCUGCAGAAGGAGCGCCUGCUCGGUGAGGGCUGUGAGGACGGCUUCCCCUGCUCGGGCAGCGGCACCAGCAAGAAAGGUAACCGGAACAGCCACGCCUACUGGAUCAGACCGGAGGACCCCUUCUGUGAUGCCCCCUCCUCACCACGCCCUGCCUCCAUGCCCGCUGCUGCAUGCCAUCCUCACCUGACCACACAUUGCAGCCCCCCUCCUGAAGAAUCCAGCCCAGGUGAAUGGAGUGAGGCCCUUUACCCGCUGCUGACCACACUCACAGACUGUGUGGCCAUGAUGAGCGACAAAGCCAAGAAGGCCAUGGUCUUCCUGCUCAUGCAGGACAGCGCGCCCACCAUCGCUGCCUACCUGAGCCUGCAGCACCGCCGCGACACCGUCUUCUGCCAAACCCUGACUGCUCUCAUCUGCGGCUUCAUCAUCAAGCUGAGGAACUGCCUGCACGACGACGGCUUCCUGCGGCAGCUCUACACCAUCGGGCUGCUCGCCCAGUUUGAGAGCCUGCUGAGCACCUACGGUGAGGAGCUGGCCAUGCUGGAGGACAUGAGCCUUGGAAUCAUGGACUUGAGGAACGUGACCUUCAAAGUUACACAGGCCACUUCCAACGCAUCAACUGACAUGCUGCCUGUCAUCACAGGAAAUCGGGACGGGUUUAACGUGCGGAUCCCUCUGCCGGGCCCCCUGUUUGACACCCUGCCCCGGGAGAUCCAGAGCGGCAUGCUGCUUCGGGUGCAGCCCGUCCUCUUCAACGUGGGCAUCAACGAGCAGCAGACGCUGGCCGAGAGGUUUGGCGACACGUCGUUACAAGAAGUUAUCAACAUGGAGAGUUUGGUGCGGCUAAAUUCCUACUUCGAGCAGUUUAAGGAAGUGUUGCCUGAGGAUUGCUUGCCUCGCUCUCGGAGCCAGACGUGCCUGCCGGAGCUGCUGCGGUUCCUGGGCCAGAACGUCCAUGCCAGGAAGAACAAGAACGUGGACAUCCUCUGGCAAGCUGCUGAGAUCUGCCGCCGUCUUAACGGGGUCCGGUUCACCAGCUGCAAGAGCGCCAAGGACCGCACAGCCAUGUCGGUGACGCUGGAGCAGUGCCUGAUCCUGCAGCACGAGCACGGCAUGGCCCCGCAGGUCUUCACCCAGGCCCUGGAGUGCAUGCGCAGCAUUGGAACACGGGAGGUAGUCACCCAGAAGAACUUGAGCGGCCUGGUGCCCAUCCGAGACUUAAGACUAGACCCCAGCCUCCUCUGUUCCAUCCCGCUGUUAGCGCUGAGCCCCAAUUUACUGAUUGUGUGGCUGUUUCUGAGCAUAGCGUACCUGGUGGCCAAAUUGCGUUGCAAAUGAAUGACAUUAUGAAAAAUUAGUCACAAGAAAACACAAGUGCCAGAGUAUGUCCCACCACCGGGCACCUACCUGGACAGAGGGAUGUGUCAGAGCGGGUCUGCCGAGAGAGAGUUCAUGCCUUACCGUUUGCCCUUUGUUGUUUUGAACUGUAAAUUCCUGCUGAAUAUUUCACCAAGAGGACUUGUUUGUUCAAAUUCUCUAGUUUUCAGUGCUUGUAACAUGUUCUCACAGUGCCCUGUGACUGCGUUGUGUAGCUGGCCUGGAUCACUGGUACCUGAUCUCUUACUUUCUGAUGUGAAGCUAUUUGUUACCUGUAUCUCUCACGUGCCCUGUUUCCAAGAGAAAGGAAUUCUGUCUGAAAAGAGUUUGUAUAUUUGAUACGAUUCCUUGAAUGUGCGCUGACCUUCCCUUUCCUUUUGAAGAGGAAUGAGGACGGCAGAUGCUUUUAACUGGCUCCGCUGUGUGAGCCUCUUUGAUAGGACCUGGCCUUCCUGCUUUCAUUUCAAAGCGCAGUCCCUUAAGUUACAGUAGCAAACAGUGUGCAGAAUCAUCACAUUUCCUUGCUCAUGGUUAUUAUUUCCAGUGUGAGAUGACAGAAGCUGUGAACACAGUAGCACAUUGUACCAAGUGAGGCACACAAAAUAACAUCGCAUGUGGCUUUCGAUGUACUCUUCUACAUCCUUAAGGACCGUUAAAGCGAUUACGGGAAUUAAUGCAUAGAGUAAUGAAAGGCUGUUAAAGUUAUACAUGUUUAUUUUUCUUGAAGUAGCAUUCUUCAUUUUAAAGAGCUUUGAAUUUGGAUUAAAGUCCAGACAUCUUUUCUCUCCAGAAAUCAAAUGUAGUUAAUAAUGAAAAAACCAAAUGUCAAAGAAAAAUGACCUAAAAAUGAGGCUUGCCUGUUGGGCAGUUGUGCCAGAUGGAGCUGUGAGCGAGAGGAGUUACUUUGGUCUCUGCUAUUAUCGCUCCUAAUUUUAAGAAGGCCCUGUCCAUAGCUGGGGUGACUUAACACCCGCGCUUGGCAGAAGGAGCUGUACACCGUGAUGGUGACAGACGGAACUGGGGAGCGCCCCACAGGCCCUGCAGACGGAACGCCCAGCGGCUCUGUCUUCCAGCUCAGAUGGUGUUGUGAUCUGGUCUUGACCUCUAGCUGGCUCCACACACUGUCUUUUAUGAAAAUGUUUUUUGGUUUUUUACCAUUCUAGAAAAACGAGUGAAUUUAGAGAAGCUGGCUUUUCCAGAAACUUGGCACUCACACAUGCACACAAACCCAGUCCCCACAGAAUCUGGCCUCUCCAUUCCGCCUCCCAGACUUCCAGAACUUAUCCUGGGGUUUCUCUGUUUUGGCAUCAGACCUGCAUCUGGGUCCUAGGAGUCGCAGAAGCAGUUAACAGCGAGUAACGAAUGCAGAUGGAGACUUCGAUUCACAAACCGUGGGAGACAUUCUCCUCACAGGCCUCGCACCCUUUCCCAGGCCUGGAGCACUGUGGCAGCUGGAGCACUGUGGGCGAGGGCAGGGGUUACACUGCCUUUUUUGGAACAAAUGGGUGGCCGUGCUGUGGCACAGUUCCUGCAUCCCUCAGGGGGUCUCCGAGUGCCCAGGGAGUGGCUGGGCAUGUGACCCUGGUCCCCAGGGUCUGAGUCCUUGAGAAUGACCUUGCCCACUUGCUCUCCUGCUUGUGGUGUACAUGACUCUUGUUCACUUUAUGUGGGGGCGGGAAAGGAGAGCCCACACACAGCCCCCCAGGCACGGCUCUGGGGAGAUCCCCAUGCCCCCGGGGUGACGCGCCCUGGCGCUCACCUCUGACUAUAGACAGCCCGCCCUCCUCUUCCCUGGGCCUCCUUGAUCCUCUGGCUCCAUUGACUCCCUGGGGCCCACCGCCCGGCAGGGGGGCCAUGCCAGCAGCAGAAGCCUGGAGGCAGGGGGCGCUCUGGGCUGCUUCCUGCUGCAGUGGGUUGGGCAUUAGGUGGAGGAUGGGGAUGGUAGGGGGAGAGGGCCGGCAUGAGGGAGGACACCAUCAGCCUAGGCUGUGGCUUGUUGGUUUUUGGGAGAACAGUUGAGAAAAGAGACUCGGUGUGCCCACCCUUCAUGCUGAGUUUUAAUCUCAUGAAGGCCUUUUACUCAUGAAAUCAGGCUAAAAUCUAUCCAGAUCUCUCCUGCUUUAGUGAGAAGUAGGCAGGAUGAAACAAGGGAAGGUGGUUUAGGAAAGGGGCAUCGCUGAGGCUUGGUGCUGGUUUCCAGGUUGCUUCUAAGGUGAGGUGAGCGCUGAGGCCUGGCCACUGGCGAUGUCAGGUCCCUGAGACACUGAGGCAUCCGCUGCGUUCUGAGAGGUAGAGCCCACAGGAGGGGAGACCAGAGCUGUGUCUCGGUUCCAUUCUGAUUUUGCAUUUAAAAUGGAUGUUCUCCAAAAGUUUAUGGUAUAAUCCAUUCAGCCAGUUAAGCCAGUAAUUAGCUUCUUUAACUUAUAAAUAAAAGAUAAUGUCAAAGUUCCCAAAUUAUUCUUUGCCCCUUCAAAGCAAUUUGGUAUUGAUUCUGAUGGAUGGCUUCUGAGAAGUAUGCAUAUCCUGUAUAAUAAAAGGCUAAUAUGCAAAUCAACUGAACGGCAGAAUGACCGGUCGCUAUGAUGUGCACUGACCACCAGGGGGCAGACACUCAACGCAGGAGCUGCCCCUUGGUGGUCAGUGCACUCCCACAGUGGGAGUGCCACUCAGCCAGAAGCCGGGCUCAGGGCUGGUGAGCUCAGAGGUGGAGGGAGCCUCUCCUGCCUCUGCAGCAGCGCUAAGGAUGGAGACUACGUGAUGUGGGCAUAGAACUUGAAGCUUCUGUUGAAAUGGAAUUAAAUCUUACCUGAUCAUUGGACGUAGACAAACACGGCCAUCGUUUCCUCUAGGGCCUCCUGGGACGCCCGUGACACCUCACUGAGGCCUAAAGGCUCUGGGGCCAGGGAAGCAUGUUUGAGUUACUAAGUUACUUAAUCACAAGCAGGGGACUACUUUUCUGAAAUACCCAGGCUUCUGCAUAAAAUUACAGUCUCACCCAAAAUGUUUCACAUGUUCUUGAAAAUGAGAAUGUCAUUUUCACUUUAAAAGGCUCAAGCACUUUCCAAUAACAUCUUUUUUAAAAUGCAUGAUAUAAUGGUGUUGAUACGAUUGGAAAUAUUUUUUUUAAAUCACUGUUUCUUGGUAACUGCAAAUUUUACAUCUCAUAGGAGGGAGUUUUGUACUAAAUUUGAUAACUAGUUGAUUUAAUUGCUAGUCUUAGAAAAUAUAAAAGUAGUUAGACCAUGCAAUAGAAAGUCAUUUAUAUUCAGAAUUGCUUUUACCUGUGAAUUUGAUACACACUUUCCAGAGAACUCCCCCGAUGCUGUCCUUCAGGACCAUGAGGCCUGCCUGCGCACCUCAUCCUCUUGCUCUGCAUUUGCUUUGCGCACUGGGUUACCAUGACAACCCCCCACCAAAUGCAGCACCAUUUCUCUAUGAAAGGGCACCUGUGGGCUCUCACUGGCUCUUCUGAAAGGUGGCCACCCUGAGGGAAGCCCACCUGGAGAACCAGGUGGCCGGCUACCACCAGGAAACGUGGUGGGUCCCUCCUUCACGACACUCCAGCCCUGAUAGCCAUUCAGACCCUCCAGGCAGCCGUCACCUGGGCCCACUGGACUGAAGGCUUUGCACUUGGGGGACAGCCGGUAGAACAGCCUUCUCAGUCACGUGGCGUUGCUAACAUAGAAAGAUGCAGCUUCUUAAAGGCUUUGGUAAGAGUCCCACUACUUCUUUUACAUUUAAUUUGUUAUGUAACAGAAUCUUUGACCCACCACAGAACCAUGAAAUACGUAGAUGUGAAACACAUGAAACCAUUAACUUUAAAAAACGUUUGCUUCCACUUACAGUGCUGCUUUCGCAAAUGCAAAACUCAGCCCCACACACGCACCCAUCGCUGUGCUUCUUAACUGCCUUGUUCAGAAACCAUCUUACGUGUGUAUUGUUGCAAAUAGUCUGGCACCCAUUUAAAUUAACCUUUUUUUUAAUGCUACAAAAAUAAUCAGUUCAUUUCA